CAGAUAAUAGACAGUAGAUGCUCGCUACUACCAUUGGCUACUAACAAAGACUGUACAGUUUAGAAGCUGCUACUAGUAUACACUACAUGGGAAGGAAGGGAGCUACUAGAUAGGCUACGACGGCUAGGAAGGUGGCAGAGACGCUGUGAAUGUUUACUGUUUUUAAUCGAUUUCAGAGCGAUUUAACCACAUAACCAAAGAAUAUUACAAUACAGAAGGGUUUCACGCAUAUUUGUGAGGAUAUAUCACCGGAAGAAGAUGGGUAGCUGCCUUACAGUUGGACCAAAUGAAGCCGUGGUUGUCUCUGGUAGGUAUCCCCCGUGCAUGCUAGCUAGGAAGCUAAAGUAGCUAGCUUGCUAGCCAACAAGCUUAAUUGUUAAUAUAUGGUUAUUUUGUUAACCUAUUCGUUUACCAACGGUUUUCAGUUAAUGUAUAGCUAUCUAGUUAAUUAAACGGUCAUUGCAUUGGUUUUUCUCGAUGGAUAAACAACAUAACAAAUCAUAUCGCUUCACUAACGUUAGCUAGGUUGUUACUAGCCCUUGAUCAUGUCUCUCAGUUCUAUUACGUUAACGUUGUCAUUGGACGAAGGCGUCUUCUGUGGGAGAGUUUUGUUAUCUGCAAGUUUUUUUUUUCUGUAUGGGGAGUUUUGUUAAGAGUAACGCUCAGUCUGAACAUUAACACGCAUUGCUUGCGGUAUGAUUUUGGAAGCAUAAGGACCUUAUCUUUCAUAUCUGAGAAACCAUUUUCAAAAAACAAAAUGUUAAAUUGAUACACAACUUUUUAUAGGGUUAGUGUUCCCACACAGCCAUAUCUCCAUGUUACAGCACGUGUUUAUGUUUAUGGAAGACAGAGGGACCACCUGUACUAAAUUAGCUAGCAUGCUCCGAACACCUGCUUUGUGUAACCAAAGAAGGCCGCCGGAUAUGGAACGCCGUUUGGGUCUUUGCGUGUCAAAAAAGAUACACGUCAAAUAACACUAUUUGACGUGUCAAAUAAGCUUGUUGACCAAUCAGGACCACAUAACAAUUUAACACGUUCAUACAUUUGUUACGUAGUUAUUACACAUUGAUUACACGAUCACUCGUAUUUCAUAUGUCACAACGACUCAUCGAUACGUAUGCUAUGAUGCUGGUAAAGUUGUCUCUCGCACCUGCCGUUCCCUAAGCUCUGGAAAGUGCUGGUCAUAAAAAAAGCUAGUUGAUGGAUGCGAACAAUGUUCUUCGCCUAAAACAUAGCAAAACGACAAUCUGUUUCAGUAGCUAUAGUUAACUAUCUAGCUAGGUGUCAUCAUUUUAAAUUCCCCUAAUUUAUAAUGGUGGUCGGACCCACCUAUGUGAAACUCGCUACAAUAAGGAUUAGCCACCAGGCAGGUCAAAACGCCAUCCCACCAAAACUGGCAGAAAUUUCAAGCAGUCUUUUAAAACAGCUCAACUAAGAAGGCAUUAUCAUAAUUUUCUCAAUUUCACAGUAUUAUUCCAACCUCAUAGUGUAUAAAGAUUGAGCUCCUGUUCCUCUUAAAGCAUAUUAGCUCAAAAGUAUUGUGGAGCUCCUGCACCUAAAUAUAAACAGUACCAGCACCCAAAAUGAGUACCGGAACCUAUUUCAGUCCAAGUCAAGCACUGAUAAGAAGUAAUCAGGUAGGCCUAUUUUAUGACGUUUCCACUGGAUCAGAGCAUGACAUUUUUCGCUUUCACGCUGAGUGAUUAUCGAAACGGGAGAGAGCUGGUAAGAUUUUUCAGGUAGCCUAUAGGCCUACUUCUAUGCGUGCGUGUCCUUACUCAACAUUGACAGGAGCGCUCCAAACAAAAGACAAUGACUAUAUUGACAAAACUCGUAAAUGGAAUAAAAUAAACCAAAACUUGUUUCUCACGAAUGUAGCGUAGGUUGUGCACUCUGCAAACAAUGUGUCCACUCAGACAAUGAGAACGGGAUGACUGGAAUAAUAAUAUUGAAUGCAUUAAAAUAUUUACCGUGACCAAAGUAACAAACAUUGUAGAUUAGAAAUUAUAGGAAUGAACGGUAAAUGUACUACUGAUGAUAUAUGUAAUGGGGAAUUGAUAUAUACUAACAAUCAAAUGCAAACAAUUCACACAAUGAAGAUAUGAAACAAUGAAUGUGCACAAAUUGGUGGGAGAGAGCGUAUUCUGGAGAGAGAAGUGCAUUGUGCAUCUGGGUGCAUGGUCAAUUCAACGUCUGCAUUGGCCAUGCAUCAUUUACGGUGAUAUGGCCUCAGCAGAAGUCAGGGCAUUCAUACUUCUUUCACUUCACGGAGCAGUGCAGAGCUGUUGUCAAGGAAGUGAGUUUGUGUUUAUACAGGAUGUACCGCCCCCACCAAUCAUGUCAAUGCGGAGCUAUACAGAGCCCUCCGCAUUGUUACAAAAUUUGGGAGGCGCAUCUGUACAGAGCUCGAUUUGGCCUCUGGACGCUCCGCAAUUGCGUCAGACCCUCCAUUUUGAGCCUCGGACCACAUUUUCGGAUCAAGCAUUAAUUGGCUUUUUCCGUAAUAGAUUAGUUCACUGAGAUGGUCGCAUAUAUAUAUAUAUAUAUAUAUAUAUAUAUAUAUAUAUAUAUAUAUAUAUAUACUGCUCAAAAAAAUAAAGGGAACACUAAAAUAACACAUCCUAGAUCUGAAUGAAUGAAAUAAUCUUAUUAAAUACUUUUUUCUUUACAUAGUUGAAUGUGCUGACAACAAAAUCACCCAAAAAUUAUCAAUGGAAAUCAAAUGUAUCAACCCAUAGAGGUCUGGAUUUGGAGUCACCCUCAAAAUUAAAGUGGAAAACCACACUACAGGCUGAUUCAACUUUGAUGUGAUGUCCUUAAAACAAGUCAAAAUGAGGCUCAGUAGUGUGUGUGGCCUCCACGUGCCUGUAUGACCUCCCUACAACGCCUGGGCAUGCUCCUGAUGAGGUGGCGGAUGGUCUCCUGAGGGAUCUCCUCCCAGACCUGGACUAAAGCAUCCGCCAACUCCUGGACAGUCUGUGGUGCAACGUGGCGUUGGUGGAUGGAGCGAGACAUGAUGUCCCAGAUGUGCUCAAUUGGAUUCAGGUCUGGGGAACGGGCGGGCCAGUCCAUAGCAUCAAUGCCUUCCUCUUGCAGGAACUGCUGAUACACUCCAGCCACAUGAGGUCUAGCAUUGUCUUGCAUUAGGAGGAACCCAGGGCCAACCGCACCAGCAUAUGGUCUCACAAUGGGUCUGAGGAUCGCAUCUCGGUACCUAAUGGCAGUCAGGCUACCUCUGGCGAGCACAUGGAGGGCUGUGCGGCCCCCCAAAGAAAUGCCACCCCACACCAUGACUGACCCACCGCCAAACCGGUCAUGCUGGAGGAUGUUGCAGGCAGCAGAACGUUCUCCACGGCGUCUCCAGACUCUGUCACGUCUGUCACAUGUGCUCAGUGUGAACCUGCUUUCAUCUGUGAAGAGCACAGGGCGCCAGUGGCGAAUUUGCCAAUCUUGGUGUUCUCUGGCAAAUGCCAAACGUCCUGCACGGUGUUGGGCUGUAAGCACAACCCCCACCUGUGGACGUCGGGCCCUCAUACCACCCUCAUGGAGUCUGUUUCUGACCGUUUCAGCAGACACAUGCACAUUUGUGGCCUGCUGGAGGUCAAUUUGCAGGGCUCUGGCAGUGCUCCUCCUGCUCCUCUUUGCACAAAGGCGGAGGUAGCAGUCCUGCUACUGGGUUGUUGCCCUCCUACGGCCUCCUCCACGUCUCCUGAUGUACUGGCCUGUCUCCUGGUAGCGCCUCCAUGCUCUGGACACUACGCUGACAGACACAGCAAACCUUCUUGCCACAGCUCGCAUUGAUGUGCCAUCCUGGAUGAGCUGCACUACCUGAGCCACUUGUGUGGGUUGUAGACUCCGUCUCAUGCUACCACUAGAGUGAAAGCACCGCCAGCAUUCAAAAGUGACCAAAACAUCAGCCAGGAAGCAUAGGAACUGAGAAGUGGUCUGUGGGUCGACCCACCAGUCCUUUAUUGGCGGGUGGUUUCCUUGCUAAUUGCCUAUAAUUUCCCAAACCUGUGUAUUCCAUUGCACACAGCAUUUGAAUUCACUUGUCCAGUGUUGCAGUUUCCUAAGUUGAACAGUUUGUAUUUCACGAAGUUUAUUGACUUGAGUACAUUGUGUUUUAGUGUUCCCUUUUUUUUUUGACGUGUAAUACAGUGGGAGACAGUAUUGUACACUUGCCGAUGGCUACAUAGUUUCUGGAAUCUAAAACAAAAAUCCAGAAAAUUCAUUUGCAUUUUAUUGCAUGACAUAAGUAUUUGAUCACCUACCAACCAGUACGAAUUCCGGCUCUCACAGACCUGUUAAUUUUUCUUUAAGAAGCCCUCCUGUUCUCCACUCAUUACCUGUAUUAACUGCACCUGUUUGAACUCAUUACCUGUAUAAAAUACACCUGUCCACACACUCAAUCAAACAGACUCCAACCUCUCCACAAUGGCCAAGACCAGAGAGCUGUGUAAGGACAUCAGGAAUAAAAUUGUAGACCUGCACAAGGCUGGGAUGGGCUACAGGACAAUAGGCAAGCAGCUUGGUGAGAAGGCAAUAACUGUUGGCGCAAUUAUUAGAAAAUGGAAGAAGUUCAAGAUGACGGUCAAUCACCCUCAGUCUGGGGCUCCAUGCAAGAUCUCACCUCGUGGGGCAUGAGGAAGGUGAGUGAUCAGCCCAGAACUACACGGCAGGACCUGGUCAAUGACCUGAAGAGAGCUGGGACCACAGUCUCAAAGAAAACCAUUAGUAACACACUACGCCGUCAUGGAUUAAAAUCCUGCAGCGCACACAAGGUCCCCCUGCUCAAGCCAGCGCAUGUCCAGGCCCGUCUGAAGUUUGCCAAUGACCAUCUGGAUGAUCCAGAGGAGGAAUGGGAGAAGGUCAUGUGGUCUGACGAGACAAAAAUAGAGCUUGUUGGUCUAAACUCCACUCGCCGUGUUUGGAGGAAGAAGAAGGAUGAGUACAACCCCAAGCACACCAUCCCAACCGUGAAGCAUGGAGGUGGAAACAUCAUUCUUUGGGGAUGCUUUUCUGCAAAGGGAACAGGACGACUGCACCGUAUUGAGGGGAGGAUGGAUGGGGCCAUGUAUCGCGAGAUCUUGGCCAACAACCUCCUUCCCUCAGUAAGAGCAUUGAAGAUGGGUCGUGGCUGUGUCUUCCAGCAUGACAAUGACCCGAAACACACAGCCAGGGCAACCUAAGGAGUGGCUCCGUAAGAAGCAUUUCAAGGUCCUGGAGUGGCCUAGCCAGUCUCCAGACCUGAACCCAAUAGAACAUCUUUGGAGGGAGCUGAAAGUCCGUAUUGCCCAGCGACAGCCCCGAAACCUGAAGGAUCUGGAGAAGGUCUGUGUGGAAGAGUGGGCCAAAAUCCCUGCUGCAGUGUGUGCAAACCUGGUCAAGACCUACAGGAAACGUAUGAACUCUGUAAUUGCAAACAAGGGUUUCUGUACCAAAUAUUAAUUUCUGCUUUUCUGAUGUAUCAAAUACUUAUGUCAUGCAAUAAAAUGCAAAUUAAUUACUUAAAAAUCAUACAAUGUGAUUUUCUGGAUUUUUGUUUUAGAUUCCGUCUCUCACAGUUGAAGUGUACCUAUGAUAAAAAUGACAGACCUCUACAUGCUUUGUAAGUAGGAAAACCUGCAAAAUUGGCAGUGUAUCAAAUACUUGUUCUCCCCACUGUGUGUGUGUGUGUAGAUGUAUAUAUAUAUAUUUAUAUACACAGUACCAGUCAAAUGUUUGGACACACCUACUCAUUCAAGGGUUUUUCUUUAUUUUUGCUAUUUUCUACAUUGUAGAAUAAUAGUAAAGACAUCAAAACUAUGAAAUAACACACAUGGAAUCAUGUAAUAACCAAAAAAGUGUUAAACGAAUCCAAAUACAUUUUAUAAUUGAGAUUCUUCAAAUACCCACCCUUUGCCUUGAUGACCGCUUUUCACACUCUUGGCGUUCUCUCAACCAGCUUCACCUGAAAUGCUUUUCCAACAGUCUUGAAGGAGUUCCCACAUAUGCUGAGCACUUGUUGGCUGCUUUUCCUUCAAUCUGCUGUCUGACUCAUCCCAAACCAUCUCAAUUGGGUUGAGGUCGGGGGAUUGUGGAGGCCAGGUCAUCUGAUGCAGCACUCCAUCACUCUCCUUCUUGGUAAAAUAGCCCUUACACAGCCUGGAGGUGUGUUGGGUCAUUGUCCUGUUGAAAAACAAAUGAUAUUCCCAAUUAAGCCCAAACCAGAUGGGAUGGCGUAUCGCUGCAGAAUGCUGUGGUAGCCAUGCUGGUUAAGUGUGCCUUGAAUUCUAAAUAAAUCACAGAGAGUGUCACCAGCAAAGCACCCCCAAACCAUAACACCUCCUACUCCAUGCUUUAUGGUGGGAACUACACAUGCGGAGAUCAUCCGUUCACCCACACUGCGUCUCACAAAGACACGGAGGUUGGAACCAAAAAUCUCAAAUUUGGACUCUAGAGCAAAGGACACAUUUCCACCGGUCUAAUGUCCAUUGCUUGUGUUUCUUGGCCCAAGCAGGUCUCUUCUUAUUAUUGGAGACCUUUAGUAGUGGUUUCUUUGCAGCAGUUUGACCAUGAAGGCCUGAUUCACACAGUCCCCUCUGAACAGUUGAUGUUGAUAUGUGUCUGUGACUUGAACUCUGUGAAGCAUUUAUUUGGGCUGCAAUUUCUGAGGCUGGUAACUCUAAUGAACUUAUCCUCUGCAGCAGAGGUAACUCUGGGUCUUCCAUUCCUGUGGCGGUCCUCAUGAGAGCCAGUUUCAUCAUAGUGCUUGAUGGCUUUUGCGACUGCACUUGAAGAAACUUUCAAAGUUCUUGAAAUGUUCCGAAUUGACUGACCUUCAUGUCUUAAAGUAAUGAUGGACUGUCGUUUCUCUUUGCUUAUUUGAGCUGUUGUUGCCAUAAUAUGGACAUGGUCUUUUACCAAUAAGAGAUAUCUUCUGUAUACCCCCUCUACCUUGUCACAACACAACUGAUUGGCUCAAACGCAUUAAGAAGAAAAUAAAUUCCACAAAUUAACUUUUAAGAAGGCACACCUGUUAAUUGCAAUGCAUUCCAGGUGACUACCUCAUUAAGCUGGUUGAGAGAAUGCCAACUUUGGAAGUAUGCUUGGGGUCCUUGUCCAUUUGGAAGACCCAUUUGCGACCAAGCUUUAACUUCCUUACUGAUGUCUUGACAUGUUGCUUCAAUAUAUCCACAUAAUUUUCCUUCCUCACGAUGCCAUCUAUUUUGUGAAGUGCACCAGUCCCUCCUGCAGCAAAGCACCCCCACAGCAUGAUGCUGCCACCCCCGUGCUUCACGGUUGGGAUGGUGUUCUUCGCCUUGCAAGCCUCCACCUUUUUCCUCCAAACAUAACGAUGGUCAUUAUGGCCAAACAGUUCUAUUUUUGUUUCAUCAGACCAAAGGACAUUUCUCCAAAAAGUACGAUCUUUGUCCCCAUGUGCAGUUGCAAACUGUAGUCUUGCUUUUUUAUGGUGGUUUUGAAGCAGUGGCUUCUUCCUUGCUGAGCGGCCUUUCAGGUUAUGUCGAUGUAGGACUUGUUUUACUGUGGCUAUAGAUACUUUUGUACCUGUUUCCUCCAGCAUUUUCACAAGGUCCUUUGCUGUUGUUCUGGGAUUGAUUUGCACUUUUAUGACCAAAGUAUGUUAAUCUCUAGGAGACAGAACACGUCUCCUUCCUAAGCGGUAUGACGGCUGUGUGGUCCCAUGGUGUUUAUACUUGCAUACUAUUGUUUGUACAGAUGAACAUGGUACCUUCAGGCGUUUGGAAAUUGCUCCCAAGGAUAAACCAGACUUGUGGUGGUCUAUAAUUUUUCUUCUGAGGUCUUGGCUGAUUUCUUUUGAUUUUCCCAUGAUGUCAAGCAAAGAGGCACUGAGUUUGAAGGUAGGCCUUGAAAUGCAUCCACAGGUACACCGCCAAUUGACUCAAAUGAUGUCAAUUAGCCUAUCAGAAGCUUCUAAAGCCAUGACAUCAUUUUCUGGAAUUUUCCAAGGUACAAAAGUAUCUAUAUCCACAGUAAAACAAGUUCUAUAUUGAUGUAACCUGAAAGGCCGCUCAGCAAGGAAGAUGACACUGCUCCAAAACCGCCAUAAAAAAGCCAGACUACGGUUUGCAACUGCACAUGGGGACAAAGAUCUUAUUUUUGGGAGAAAUGUCCACUGGUCUGAUGAAACAAAAAUAGAACUGUUUGGCCAUAAUGACCAUCGUUAUGUUUGGUGGAAAAAAGGGAUAGCUUGCAAGCCGAAGAACAUGUAUGUAAACUUCCGACUUCAACUGUAUAUACAGUGCUAUGAAAAAGUAUUUGCCUCCUUUCUAAUUUUCUCUACUUUUGCAUAUUUGUGAUACUGAAUGUUAUCAGAUCUUCAACCAAAGCCUAAUAUUAGAUAAAGGGAACAUAAGUGAACAAAUAAAACAACAAUUACAUAUUUAUUUCAUUUAUUCCAUAAACAAAGUUACGCAACACCCAAUUCCCCUGUGUGAAAAAGUAAUUGCCCCCUUACACUCAAUAACUGGUUGUGCCACCUUUAGCUGCAAUGACUCCAACCAAAUGCUUCCUGUAGUUGUUGAUCAGUCUCUCACGUCGCUGUGGUGGAAUUUUGGCCCGCUCUUCCAUGCAGACCUGCUUUAACUCAGUGACGUGUGGGUUUUCAAGCAUGAUCUGCUCGUUUCAAGUCCUGCCACAACAUCUCAAUAGGCAUUAGGUCUGGACUUUGACUAGGCCAUUCCAAAACUUCCAAUUUGUUGCUUUUUAGCAAUUUUCAUGUAGAAUUGAUUGUGUGUUUUGGAUCAUUUUCUUGCUGAUGCCAGCUGCGCUCAUUCUCCAAAAUGUCGCAUUUUGUUAUUCUCAUACGCUCUGUUCUUGGCAAUUCCGGUCUUAGCAGACUCCCCUUUACAUGUUUAGAAUAGUGUUGGUUUCCAGGCAUUACUGCUCGUGUUAUACUGCUGCCAUCAAAUCUUCAUAGUUGGCAUAGUUGGCAUUGACACUUUAGAGCCAUUAUCCUUGCGCUUUCAGCAUCAUCAGAUGGUGUGUGGUUUUGGAUCUGCUGCCUCGACCUGAGACUGGGAUGGUCUGACAUUUCCUGUAUAAUCUCUGAUAGAGCAGAAUUCAUGGUUCCCUUGUACAGCAGCAAGUCCAACCAUCGUCACUGAGCAGCAAAAGCAAAAUUCAGAACCAUCACACCAACCACCACCACUGGUUGACCUUGGAGUGAUUCUCACUGUGGAAUGCAGUGUUUGGUUUCGCCAGCAUUACUGGGACAACCAGUGUCAAUUACUUUUUGGGCAAUUACUUUUUCACACAGGGGAAUUGGGUGUUGCGCAACUUUGUUUAUGAAAUAAAUAUGUAAUUGUUGUGUUAUUUGUUCACUAAUGUUCCCUUUAUCUAAUAUUAGGUUUUGGUUGAAGAUCUGAUAACAUUCAGUAUCACAAAUAUGCAAAAGUAGAGAAAAUUAGAAAGGGGGCAAAUACUUUUUCAUAGCACUGUGUGUGUGUGUGUGUGUUACUGCUCAACUAAAACAAUCUCGGUCGACCAACAGCCUAACGACCAAACAAUCGACCAGUCGACUAAUUGGGGUCAGCCCUAAGCUAAAUAAUACCGACACUUCCAUGUUUCGAUUGGUUUAGUUACUACAUCCCUAUCCAUGUACACUGUACUAGGAUCCUCACUUAGCUACCAAGUGCAAGGCCAAGGGAUUUCUGAGCUUGCAGGGGAAUUAUAAACAAGGCUAUGUAAUCAUGUAGGCUACCCUCUAUGAGUAGCCUAUACCUACAUGUUUUACAUUUGGCCCUGUAGAAACCUAACUAGUGCAUGGCAGCAAGACAAAGAAAUUGUGGUAACAACUAAGAAGGUUUCAGACAAGGGUGUCAACUGAGCAUCAAUAAUGAAUGCUGGUGAAUGAUGGAGUCUUUCCCCAAUUGAAAUCUUGUGCCCCUGACUCACGCCUUGUCUGUUUCAUUUCUCAGGUGCCUGUUGUGGCUCAGAUGAGAAGACCUACAUGGUGGGGGGCUGGGCCUGGGCCUGGUGGCUCAUCACUGACGUUCAAAGGUGAGACCAUUGAUGAUGAUGUCAUGGCAUGCUAUAGAAUUGUCUUAAUCUAUCAGUCUAUCAGCAAUUAUGGGUUGUUUUGCAAAUGGUCUGGAUGAGGCUUGUUUUAUUUCUUCAAUGGAUAAAUAAUCCCACACGUUUCCAUACAAAUACUAAAUUAGGUAAAAGGGCUGGCAAAUGUUUAGAAACCGACAAUUAUUUAUGGACGCAUAAAUAAUGCGUCCAUAAACAGGUUCUCCAACAUCUUAGAUUUCCACAAUGAUAGCCUAUAAUUCGCUAAACACACCAAUCAUCUGCGGCCUGACAAUCAGCCAGGAGGUGCGUGCGUGAAAUACUAUUAUUUUAUUCUGUGCCACACUUUCCUGACUGACCUACAUUGUGUUAAUGAGUUCUGGAUGUUUCAAAUGGAAACAUGGCAAGGGACACAUUGCCCCACCUUCUUAAACUACAGUACACAUUCACUCUUCUGCCUUCUUUCCCAUGUGUCACUUGGCACAAUUCUUACCCUUUUUCACAGUAGGUUAGGUGCUGUCCUCUGUUUAUUAACUGACUGUAAGGCAUUAUCCCCUGGGUUUACAUGAAAGCAUGCAAUGUUUUGUUUAGGAUUUCUUCAGGUUAUAUUUGGCAGCUUUGCUCAAUAGCCAUUAACUAGUCACUAGUCGUUUGGGCCGUGUGUCAAGGAAGUGUGUGGCAAUAGAGGUAUUGAUGCAGAGUGGUCCUCUGUAGCUCAAGUGGUAGAGCAUGGCGCUUGUAACGCCAGGGUAGUGGGUUCGAUCCCCGGGACCUUCCAUACGUAAAAAUGUAUGCACACAUGACUGUAAGUCGCUUUGGAUAAAAGCGUCUGCUAAAUGGCAUAUCAUCAUAUCAUAUUAUAUCAUAUCAGAGCUUUUUUCUCCUUUGCCUGUUAAAGGGACAAUCUGCAGUUGCUACAUCCAUUUUUGGACUUAUACAUAAAUGAUAUGUACCCAUUGAUUCUUGUAGAAUAUCACUUAUAAAUGCCUCAUGAGCUUAGUUCAACAGUCGUACCCCAUCAGAACCCCAAAUAUAAGCUUGUUUUACUCCAAUGUUUGUAAACAAAGUGAAUGUACACAAACACUGUAUAGCCUCAACAUGGUUAAAACUAUCAUCUUGAUAUCAUGGAUGGUCAGUCCUUGCAUCCAUAGCUCUAUGAAUUUGAGUGGUUGCAUUUCUACAGCCCCAUCCCUUAGCUUUUUACUGAAACAGUGGGAAGAGAACAUGUUGUUAUUGUUUCAACUGCAGGUUGCCCCUUUAAGGUCUGCAUUAUCUAAUAUACUUUUUUUCCUCAUAUAGGAUUACACUGGAGAUUAUGACACUCCAACCCAAGUGUGAGGAUGUUGAGACUGCAGAGGGGGUCGCCAUCACUGUCACUGGGGUGGCACAGGUAAAAAUAAAAUAUAAAAUAACCUGCUGGAAAGAGACUAGUCACCACCAUGACAUACCUCCAUCGUUUGUCUUACAAAAUGCGUUGUCAGUGAAAACAGUGCGAAAGUAUGAAACGGACACCAUUGAAUUGGAAAAUAUGUCUUAACUAUUUAUAACUUUAACUGUUAUUGAUUUAAUAUCUCAUUGUGGCAGACCAGUUUACAACUGCUGCUGUAGCUACUCCAUGUACUGUAAGCUCUUUCUGUGUCACAGGACAGAUUAUGUUCUGAAUAUGCAAAAUACAUUCAUGUAAACCAAGGACCAACUCCUUGUGUAAACUGACUUAAAGCCAUAGAUCAAGUUAAAGCACAGUGAUUCGUAUGUGCGUAUGCAACCAGGCCACACUCUGUGUUUCUAACCCUCUCCUUCAUCUCUUCUCCAGAUCAAAGUGAUGACAGAUCAUGAUCUUUUGGCAAUUGCUUGCGAGCAGUUUUUGGGCAAAUCAGUCCCCGAAAUCAAAGGAGUGGUUUUGCAAACCUUGGAAGGACAUUUACGCUCAAUUCUAGGUGAGGAGAAUGUCUCCGAAGUGAAAAUUAUAUUAGUCUAUUAUGGUCAUCUGUUGAUUUCAGUUGGCUGUUCUCAGCUUUGUUCUCUGUUAGCUGAUGUAAAUCAGUGGCUAAACCUCAUUAUACAGCGGGUGGGUCUAAUCCUGGAUGCUGAUUGGUUAAAACCCAUUCCAGCCGGUGUCUAUUCCACAAGUUACCACCAGCUAAAGCUAUGACGUUGAAAUUUACUCUGUUCCAUCUCACUGUGCAAUCCACUGUCUCAUCAGCCCAGCCAGGCAAUUUAUAAACUUGAUCUCUACUAUAAAAAGCAUCUAGAUAUUAUCUCCAAUUUCUUUUAGACUAGUAUAUUCUUUCAACAGCAGAGAUUUGUAUAAACCUUGCCGUCUGUCUCUCCGACAUUUGCAACAUUGUUUCAAUAUUGAAAUUCGAUCUCCAGCUGUCCCAUAGUAAUGCACGUGUCAGGACGAGAAAGGCAGGCAGCUUUUCUCAGCCAGUGGAAAUCAUGAAUCAGCUGCCAUCAUUUUUAUUAAUAUAGAGGUAUACAAAGAAAUGUCAAUAGAAAACAGGUAAAACAAAAAAGAAAUGCAGCUAGUUUGCUCUUUCCAGCUUCAAUUUGAAGUGAUUUUGUUAUCUGUGUUGUUGGCUAGCUCCUCUGAACAACAGUGUCCUGACGAAAGAGCACAUUUUCUAUGCCAGGCGAAAUCGAACAUCAUUAGCUCAUUGUUAUGGAUGUAUCCAAAGAAAUGUCACUAGAAAACAGCUUAAACAAACGCAACUGCAGCUACCUUACUGUUAUUCUGGCUGCACUGUUUGACGUGACUGUAAGUGAGCCAUAGUUGGCUAGCUAGCAAGCAAGGGAUAAGAAUGUUGCCAGCCAGUAUGGCAAUGGAACAUUUCGAACGAACGACUGGGUCGCGUCCAUAGAUACAGAACAAAAAGGCUUAACAACUGGGUCGCGGCUCUGGCAGCUGAACUGAUAGAACAAACGACCAGCCGGCUUGGGUAGCAACCUUAGAUAUGUGUCGGACUAUAUCUUGCGGAAGGAUGAAAUAGUAUGAAUAAAUUCAUCAAAAUAAGGUUUUUAAUAAAAAUAUGUCAAUCAUUAUUUGAAUAUGUUGGAAGCCGGUGUUUGGAGGAUAUAUUGGCACGGUUUGCUGGCCCUCGAUGAAUAUAUCCUCCAAACACCGGCUUCUCUGGCAUUAUCACUUAAGCGUCUCACACACACACAUGCUUUUUGCUGAUGGGUAGUUUUUCAAACAGUCUGUUCAAGCUUUGUACUAAAUAUAGCAUGUCUAAAUUAAAAUUAUUUAGAAAAAUGUAGAAAUGACAGUCAAUGUAAUGAAAUCCUGAAUGUGUGAAAGGGUAACUUCUAAAACAACAAACAUGAAAUCCAAGAAUAUACAGACUGCACUAUUGAAAAGUAAACGUUAUAUGUUCUGUAUUAUGAGCUUUUAUCAUGUUUUACUAGAUGAUGAUGACGACUUUAUAGAUCUAUGUGUUUUUAACAAUGCAUUUUUUCUUUGUAAAUACCCAUGAAUUUCAGUGAUUAUUUGACUACCAUGUGGGAUAGCCUUAAUAAAGUAAAGUCAGUAAGUGAAGUAGGUCUAUAUCCAGUGUUGUAGAGAGACUGACAGGCUCUGCUGCUCUCCCCUCUAUACAGGCACACUGACAGUGGAGCAAAUCUACCAGGACAGGGACAAGUUUGCCCAGCUGGUGAGGGAGGUGGCAGCUCCCGAUGUGGGCAGGAUGGGCAUCGAGAUCCUCAGCUUCACUAUCAAGGUGAGUUUGUUGGGAGUGCCAUGAAGUUGUGGAGGGUAAAUGUUGUUGUUUUUUGCCUUUGCUGUGUUUGUUAUCCUAUGGCAUUUUAAUAUAUUUUUUUGUCCUCUGCAUUUUGUCUUCUGCAUCAUGUGUAUUGCCAUUUGUUUUCCUAUGGAAUUUAACGGAUGAUGUGUAAACCUGUUGAUUGGGAGGCGACUCCACUUAACUAGUCUUCACCGUUGUUGAUUAAGAUUGAUUAAUGUGGAUUGGUAGUAGUUCUAAUAAUUGUGAAUUAGCCUAGACUGUCACAGUCCCUGUCAAUGAGAUCCACUUUUAAUUAUCAGCUCUUCACUGCAAGUGCUACAAUCAAUUAGAUGUUAUCACAUGUUGAUGUUAGACAUUUAUUGAUGUUUUUGUUCCCUGUGUCUCAGGUUAUGUAUGGUAAUCUUAGCUACUUUUUGUGUGUGUGUGUUGUAGGAUGUCUAUGAUAAACUGGACUACCUGAGCUCCCUGGGGAAGACUCAGACAGCAGCAGUCCAGAGGGAUGCAGACAUCGGUGUGGCAGAGGCAGAAAGGGAUGCUGGGAUAAGAGUAAGAUUCAAUUCAAUAAACUUUAUUAAUUCCAGAGGGGCAAUUAUUUCUGGGGCUCUGUUUGUCUGUAUUAAUGUACGUACGUUUCAUUUUAGAGGUUUGUAAGCUAAUUUUAUGAAUUUCCCCUUUUCCUCUCUCCUCAUUCAUUCACCCUCUCUCUCAUGUACGUUAUAAUCUCUGUCCCUUUCUCUCUCUCUCUCUCUCUCUCUCUCUCUCUCUCUCUCUCGUACGCUCUUCUCUCUCUCAUGUACCCUCUCUCUAUCUCUCUCAAUCCAUCUGUCUCUCUCUGUCUCUCUCUGUCUAUCUCUCUCUUUCUCUCCCUGUCUCUGUCUAUCUCUCUCUCGUUGUCGUUCUCUCUCUCGCCAGGAAGCGGAGUGCAAGAAGGAGAUGAUGGAUGUCAAGUUCCUGGCGGACACCAAGAUGGCCGACUCCAAACGAGAACUUGAACUGCAGAAGGCUGCUUUCAACCAAGAAGUCAACACCAAGGUCUGCAUGAACUCCAUACUCCACUCUUGAAUGCCAGUUAAAUGUGCGGUAGAAAUUCCAGUCUACAAAAUUAUUCUAUGGUGUUUUUGGUCCAUCGGUGUCUAAAUUAUCAUUAGUCGUUAGUAAUUUAGUAACCUCCCGAGUGGCGCAGUGGUCUGAGGCACUGCAUCCAGACUCUGUCGUAGCCGGCCGCGACCGGGAGACCCAUGGGGCGGCGCACAAUUGGCCCAGUGUCAUCCAGGGUAGGGGAGGGAAUGGCUGGCAGGGAUGUAGCUCAGUUGGUAGAGCAUGGCGUUUGCAACGCCAGGGUUGUGGGUUCGAUUCCCACGGGGGCCAGUAUAAAAAAAUUAAAGAUGAAUGUAUGCACUCACUAACUGUAAGUCGCUCUGGAUAAGAGCGUCUGCUAAAUGACUUAAAUGUAAAUGGGACAUCUUAUGUGAUCAGAGAGCCCAGAAUGAACAUUGAAUAUAGCCCCUAUCAUCCAAACGCUCCCUCCAGCCAACCUUAACAUUAAAACUCCUCUAUCAACAUACAGUAGACGGCCAAGUCAUGAUCCUGUCUCUCUGUCUGUGUGCUUCAACAUGGACGUCAUGGUCAUGUCUCUCUCUCUCUGUCUCCAGAAAGCGGAAGCCCAACUGGCCUAUGAGCUGCAGGCAGCUAAAGAACAGCAGAAGAUCAGGCUGGAGGAGAUAGAGAUUGAGGUGGUUCAAAGGAAGAAACAGAUCACCAUUGAGGAGAAGGAGAUUGUCCGCACAGAGAAGGAGCUCAUCGCCAUGGUGAAGAGGCCUGCCGAGGCAGAGGCAUACAAGAUGCAGCAGCUGGCUGAGGGACAGAAGUAGUGACACCUUUUAUAUCAUAACAGAACAUAUCCACAGUCCAUUUCCCAUUAUAUGCUUACCUAGCUGUAACAUACAAACUAUGUUGUUCACAAGUGAUUCCACUCAACUUUUGUGCAUUGUCUUUUAUCACAAAAACAUUUUCUUAUGAGUCUGGAAUGCUUCAACAAAUGUAGAUUGGUAGCACUUCAUAUAAAAGUGCAGAAAUGACCCCGGUAUUUACUAAGAAGUGAUCAGGUAAAAUGGUAAUUACACAAUAAUAGCAUAUUAAUUACAUAAAAAUUGUUGUUUGUUUCUUUUGGAAAUGAGCGGAUACUUCUUGUUUCUUUCGGAAAUCAAUCUUGUUUGCCAUUUGUUCUGAUACGAGUGUGUUUUGUCUUUCAGGAUGAAGAAGGUUCUGACGGCCCAGGCGGAGGCAGAGAAGAUCCGGAGGAUAGGCGAGGCAGAGGCCGGCUCGAUAGAGGCUAUAGGGAAGGCUGAGGCUGAGAAGAUGAGGCUGAAGGCUGAGGCCUACCAGCAGUAUGGAGAGGCAGCCAAGACUGCUCUGGUCCUGGAGGCCCUGCCAAAGGUAACACACUAUGGAAUUAAGUCACAUAAGUCAUAUUGUGUUUAUAGUUUUUAAAUGCAGUGUAUCCACACGUGUGUUUGAAUUGUUUAGAUUUGAUCAAAUUAAAUCACUACUGCAUUGACGAGCCCUUCAUACAGAUGUGUUCAUAUUGAGGUAGUAAUGUGUAGAUUUACUGUAGACACCAGUGUUGUAGUACUCGAGACCGGUCUCAAGACCAUAUAUUGAGUGUCUCGGUCUUGUCUCAGUGUCAGAUAGAUUUGUACUCGGUCUUGACUCGGUCUUGGACAAUGAGGACUUCCCGAGACCAGCAGAGUAAAAACUCAUAAUUAUCAGCUUCCAUUCAGUCAGCACAUAAAACCGCUUCGCCUGGCCAAAAGUUUAGUCCGAAGUGUUGGUUAGUAGGCUAUUUGUGAUGCGCAUUGUCAUCGUGCACUGUUUGCAUCAGGGGCGUAGACAUGUAUGGGCCUGGGUGGACAGAGGCCCACCAACUGGGGAGACAGGCCCUGACAGGCCCACCCAAUCAGCUUAAUGUGGUUUAAGCAUUGUUGUGGACUUAGACCAUCACAUUUUUGUCCUUUUUCUAUAAAAAAAAAAGUUUGAUUUUGAGAGUGAACAUCUGAAUAAUCUAUAGGAAAAAACAUAGGAAAACAUAGGAUUUUUCACACAGGGUGCCUUUCCUUCGCUGGGUGGGCCGGUUGCGAACUUCUUGGCAAAAUUAGAGUAUACCCACUUCUCCAGGCACCAAUACACCACUGCAUAGGGCCGAUGGAAAGACAGCAGUCACACACAGCAUGAUGUUAAAGCAUAAGCAGUCCAUAAACUCAGACACAAGCCAGCAGGUCCCAAUCAUAAGAAUACAAAAACAACCAUUAAGCAUUUCCCAAUCGAAAUGUACAACUAUUACUUCCCAUUGCAAAAAACAUUUCACAUUUAGCACACAAAGUAACCAGUGACCUAAAGUUUAAAGCAGAACUGACAGUGUUUUAACAACUUUGCAGAUAUGAAACAGACAAUCAUAAUAUUAGUCCAAAAGGUUAUAUUCUACUCAACAUUCCAUGACGUACACUAAGGCAUUGUUGGCAUAAUAGAUGGAUGAAGUUCAGUGCAUGAUUUAAUAUAAUUCACCAAUACAUGUCUUGGUAGUCCAAAAAAUAUUGUUCUCAGGUUGUAAAUCACAGUUGGCCUGGUACAUUGUUUGCUGCCUCCAUUCGGGAUGCACUGUUUCAGUUUCAAUGACUCAAUAUUCUGGACAACAACAGACGAGUGUAACUAAGGCUGGGAAUGUAAAUAUAAUCAAACUAGCAAGGGCAAUGAUCACAAGUCAGUCAUAAUGUGGCAAAUAGGCUAGCAUAUCUAUGUAGCAAGCUAAAAACACAGAGCCUAAUGUUAGUUAGCUAGCUGCAAGGAGGAUGUCAUGCCAUUGGAGGAGUGGGAGUGACUGACUUUUUCCCCUCAUCGUUUUUUGGUGGCUAUACACUGCUAGAGAUGCAGGUGUAAUUUGGUUAGCUAGCAAAAACUUGAACGACUGUUAUCCAGUUAGCAUAUCUCUUGCGUUGGGAAAUUCACUCUGGCUAUCUACUCCGAUUUCAGAGCACUCUCGUCUGAGUGUGCCAGAGGCCCAUUGUUCCCCACUGUGUUUGGGUUAGUAAUCAUUUCUAGAGUGGCUCUAUUUUCCCCUAGCAUGCAUUUUUUCACUAUUCUGAAUGUCUAAAGAAUCCAUAUGUUGUUCUGAAAUAUGAACACGGAAAUACUGGACAUUUUGAACUCUUAUGGUGGUGAUUUGACAAAAUUACAAUCAUGGUCUUGAAUUGGACUCACAUUUUUCUGGUCUCGGUCUCCCGGUCUCAGUCUUGACUCAGUCUCCAGUCUCGCUUUAGGUGGUCUCGAACCAACACUGGUUGACACACUCAUUAACAUGCCCCCAGAUAAACCUAGUCACAUUGAUACUAAUAAAGCAGUAAUAAACAGUUAAUCUAGUCACAGUAAUAAUGACAAGCCAGUGUUUGACAUUCAUUUGUUUCUUUCUUUUUGACUGGACAAAGUACAGUAGUAUCAGUCAUAACACACCAGUAGUUAUCUACAGUAUCUUUGUCAGCCAGUGUUAGAGUUGGUAGCCUACAGUGAGGGAAAAAAGUAUUUGAUCCCCUGCUGAUUUUGUACGUUUGCCCACUGACAAAGAAAUGAUCAGUCUAUAAUUUUAAUGGUAGGUUUAUUUGAACAGUGAGAGACAGAAUAACAACAAAAAAAUCCAGAAAAAUACAUGUUAUAAAUUGAUUUGCAUUUUAAUGAGGGAAAUAAGUAUUUGACCCCCUCUCAAUCAGAAAGAUUUCUGGCUCCCAGGUGUCUUUUAUACAGGUAACGAGCUGAGGUUAGGAGCACACUCUUAAAGGGGAGUGCUCCUAAUCUCAGCUUGUUACCUGUAUGAAAGACACCUGUCCACAGAAGCAAUCAAUCAAUCAGAUUCCAAACUCUCCACCAUGGCCAAGACCAAAGAGUUCUCCAAGGAUGUAAGUGACAAGAUCGUAGACCUACACAAGGCUGGAUUGGGCUACAAGACCAUCGCCAAGCAGCUUGGUGAGAAGGUGACAACAGUUGGUGCGAUUAUUCGCAAAUGGAAGAAACGCAAAAUAACUGUCAAUCUCCCUCGGCCUGGGGCUCCAUGCAAGAUCUCACCUCGUGGAGUUGCAAUGAUCAUGAGAACGGUGAGGAAUCAGCCCAGAACAUCACGGGAGGAUCUUGUCAAUGAUCUCAAGGCAGCUGGGACCAUAGUCACCAAGAAAACAUUUACAUCAUUUAGCAGACACUUUUAUCCAGAGCGACUUACAAAUUGGUAACAAUUGGCAACACACUACGCCGUGAAGAACUGAAAUCCUGCAGCGCCCGCAAGGUCCCCCUGCUCAAGAAAGCACAUAUACAGGGCCGUCUGAAGUUUGCCAAUGAACAUCUGAAUGAUUCAGAGGAGAACUGGGUGAAAGUGUUGUGGUCAGAUGAGACCAAAAUCGAGCUCUUUGGCAUCAACUCAACUCGCCGUGUUUGGAGGAGGAGGAAUGCUGCCUAUGACCCCAAGAACACCAUCCCCACCGUCAAACAUGGAGGUGGAAACAUUAUGCUUUGAGGGUGUUUUUCUGCUAAGGGGACAUGAGAACUUCACCGCAUCAAAGGGACGAUGGACAGGGCCAUGUACCGUCAAAUCUUGGGUGAGAACCUCCUUCCCUCAGCCAGGGCAUUGAAAAUGGGUCGUGGAUGGGUAUUCCAGCAUGACAAUGACCCAAAACACACGGCCAAGGCAACAAAGGAGUGGCUCAAGAAGAAGCACAUUAAGGUCCUGGAGUGGCCUAGCCAGUCUCCAGACCUUAAUCCCAUAGAAAAGCUGUGGAGGGAGCUGCAUGUUCGAGUUGCCAAACGUCAGCCUCGAAACCUUAAUGACUUGGAGAAGAUCUGCAAAGAGGAGUAGAACAAAAUCCCUCCUGAGAUGUGUGCAAACCUGGUGGCCAACUACAAGAAACGUCUGACCUCUGUGAUUGCCAACAAGGGUUUUGCCACCAAGUACUAAGUCAUGUUUUGCAGAGGGGUCAAAUACUUAUUUCCCUAAUUAAAAUGCAAAUCAAUUUAUAAUGUUUUUGACAUGUGUUUUUCUGGAUUUUUUUGUUGUUAUUCUGUCUCUCACUGUUCAAAUAAACCUACCAUUAAAAUUAUAGACUGAUCAUGUCUUUGUCAGUGGGCAAACGUACAAAAUCAGCAGGGGAUCAAAUACUUUUUUCCCUCACUGUACAUGUACAAGUGGCAGAUUACACCAUCUUAAAGUGACUCACAAGUCAGAUGAUUUGUUCAACCGGAGGUUUACAUCAGUUGAUGUAAUAUGACAUCAUAUACCAUAAACGUGUCUUGUGAUGUGAGCACAAUUUUUUUUUAAACAUCUCAAUGUGCCCGUGUCUUCCUAGAUUGCAGCCAAGGUGGCGGCGCCGCUGGCCAGGACCAAUGAGAUAGUCAUACUGAGCGGGGAGGGUAACCGUGUGACUGGGGAAGUGAAUCGCCUCCUGGCUGAACUUCCUGUGUCCGUCAACGCCCUCACUGGAAUUGACCUAUCAAAGGUAAUUAGGGGCAUGGUCUUUGGUGAAAAUGGUAUGGUAGGUAAAACAUAGAUUAGUGUGUCCAUAGAAAUGGAAUUACACUCAAUAUUGCUGCCAGAUGGGCCACCCAUCAUGGAACGUUGACUUGAGUAGAGUGGUAAUGUCUGUUCUAGUAAUUAUAAUUCUAUGAAUUAGCCAAUAUGUUGCAUAGAAUCCUAUUGGUGCUGCUGGAAUUUAACAGCCUACAUGACAUUUUUCAGAAAUAGUGAAAUGAAACCUUAGCAUACAAUAUCUCUUUCUAGCUUAAAUUGAAUUGUUUUUGUUUCCUAUUCAACAGAUCCCACUACUGCAGAAGAUGACCUAUGCUCAGGCCUGAAAACAAUCUCUCCCUUCUUCUUCCGAUAUCUGUUUUAUGCACUCUCAUAGACUGCCUUCAAUACACUUGAAAUUAUUAUUAUAUUUACACUACCAGUCAAAAGUUUGGACACACCUACUCAUUCAAGGGUUUUUCUUUAUUUUUACUAUUUUUUACAUUGUAUAAUAAUAGUGAAGAGUUCAAAACUAUGAAAUAACACAUGGAAUCAUGUAGUAACCAAAAAAGUGUUAAACAAAUCAAAAUACAUUUUAUGUUUGAGAUUCUUCAAAUAGCCACCCUUUGCCUUGAUGACAGCUUUGCACACUAGUGGCAUUCUCUCAACCAGCUUCAUGAAGUAGUCACCUGGAAUGCAUUUCAAUUAACAGGUGUGCCUUCUUAAAAGUUAACUUCUUAAUGGUUUUGAGCCAAUCAGUUGUAUUGGGACAAGGGAGGGGGGGUAUACAGAAGAUAUACCUAUUUGGUAAAAGACCAAGUCCAUAUUAUGGCAAGAAAAGCUCAAAUAAGCAAAGAGAAACGACAGUCCAUCAUUACUUUAAGACGUGAAGGUCAGUCAAUCCGGAAAAUGUCAAAAACGUGCAGUCGCAAAAAACAUCAAGCGCUAUAAUGAAACUGGCUCUCAUGAGGACUGCCACAGGAAUGGAAGACCCAGAGUUACCUCUGCUGCAGAGGAUAAGUUCAUUAGAGUUACCAGCCUCAGAAAUUGCAGCCCAAAUAACUGCUUCACAGAGUUCAAGUAAAAGACACAUCUCAACAUCAACUGUUCAGAGGAGACUGUGUGAAUCAGGCCUUCAUGGUCGAAUUGCUGCAAAGAAACCACUACUAAUGGACACCAAUUAGAAGAAGAGACUUGCUUGGGGCAAGAAACACGAGCAAUGGACAUUAGACCGGUGGAGAUUUUUAGUUCCAACCUCCGUGUCUUUGUGAGACGCGGUGUAGGUGAACGGAUGAUCUCCGCAUGUGUAGUUCCCACCAUAAAGCAUGGAGGAGGGGGUGUUAUGGUGUGGGGGUGCUUUGCUGGUGACACUGUCUGAUUUAUUUAGAAUUCAAGGCACACUUAGCCAGCAGGGCUACCACAGCAUUCUGCAGCGAUACACCAUCCCAUCUGGUUUGGGCUUAGUGGGACUAUCAUUUGUUUUUCAACAGGACAAUGACCCAACACACCUCCAGGCUGUGUAAGUGCUAUUUUACCAAGAAGGAGAGAGAUGGAGUGCUGCAUCAGAUGACCUGGCCUCCACAAUCCCCCGACCUCAACCCAAUUGAGAUGGUUUGGGAUGAGUCGGACGGCAGAGUGAAGGAAAAGCAUUCAGCAAAUGCUCAGCAGAUGUGGGAACUCCUUCAAGACUGUUGGAAAAACAUUCCAGGUGAAGCUCGUUGAGAGAAUGCAAAGAGUGUGCAAAGCUGUCAUCAAGGCAAAGGGUGGUUAUUUGAAGAAUCUCAAAUCUCAAAUAUAUGUUUAUUUGUUUAACACUUUUUGGGUUACUACAUGAUUCCAUAUGUGUUAUUUCAUAGUUUUGAUGUCUUCACUAUUGUUAUACAAUGUAUAAAAUAGUAAAAAAUAAAGAAAAACACGAAUGAAUAGGUGUGUCCAGACUUUUGACUGGUACUGUAUAUUUUCUUUUUUAUAUGAACAAGUGGAUUUUUUUAAACCUCUGGUGCCUUAAUUUCUACAGGACCAGAAUAUCUGCAUGUACUGCUGCUCCUUUAUAUACUCUAUGUAUCUUUGAGUUCACUACUUUUUGAAUCAUGGAAGUUUUUUAUAAUAAGUAGAUCACAUGGAAUGCAUUGUUAUCAUUUAGCAUGAACUGAGCCUUUUUUUGUUUUACUCAUAUACCUCUCUAGUCUACCUUACCAUUUAAUGUCAGUGAACAGUUAGCUGUCAAGAAGAGCAACCUCAGUGAUUUUCUUCCAAAGUUGUACUCACCUCUACCUUGCCUAUUAUACACUUAAUGAUUACUCAGUAAUGAUAUAUUCUUGCUAUCAUGUGACUAUUGUAUAGGUUAUGGAAGGUCCUGUGCUCUAAUGUAUAUAACCUUUCAUUUAACUGAUUUCAUUUGUGUCCUUUAUGAUGAGUUAUAGGUUUUCACAAUCAGGUGACAAGUUGUAUCAAGUGCUACAUGAAACAAGGUGCUCACUGCCUACUAUCCUCAAAUUUAUUUACGCUUCUACUCAACAAGAAAUCAUGUGUUUUCAUUUAGUUUUAUGUUGUAAACAUUAUGUUUAGUAUAUUAUUCCAAACAUACUUUCAUUUAUAGCAACAAGAAUGGCCUUUUUUACUAAUCACAGAAACCUGAUUGUCAGACCUUUAUUUCUUUGGCUACGAUGCAUCUUUCUGAAUUGGCUUAAAGUAAGUUUGAGGGAGAGAUUAUGAACUUUGUGGGAUGCUAUGAUGCAGGGUAAUUUGUCCUGGAGAAAGUUCAGUAUGUGAAAUAUUGAAGGGUUUUUGAGUCCAAGAAGAAGUAAAAUGUCGUAACUCAUAGCCAAACACUAGUCAUUAUAUAAUAAUAAUAAUAAUAAUAAUAUGCCAUUUAGCAGACGCUUUUAUCCAAAGCGACUUACAGUCAUGCGUGCAUACAUUUUUUUUGUGUAUGGGUGGUCCCGGGGAUCGAACCCACUACCUUGGCGUUACAAGCGCCGUGCUCUACCAGCUGAGCUACAGAGGACCAUUACACCUUAUAAUUUUUAUUAUACAGGAAUUAAUAUUUUAAAUAAAUAUGAGCUGGGAUAUGUUUAAGAAGUGAUUUUGUUCAUUCUGUUUUCUUAAUUUCAUGUUGUUUCAUUUGAUUAGUAUGACUUGAUUAUAACAUUGACAGACACUUUUUUUAUGAUUGUAGUUUUAUAUAGUAAUAUAAGUCAAUUCUAAGCCAUGUAACACAGCCCUUCAGGUUCUGUCCACAAUGUAAUCUUUGCUAAAGAUAACUCUGUAUAUCAUACACUUGUGUCAGAGAAAGAUAUCACUCCUGUUCAGACAAUGCUGUUCAAUGUAUUUAGUAAUUUAUCUAGCUUUUAAUGAUAUAUAAUUGUGAAAAUGGGUAUAUGUGCUAUUACACUACACUAUUGUCAUUCCACAUUACCUCCAUAUUUAUGAUCUGUUUGUUGAGCUCAUUCCAAGACGGAUAUUUACAAUCGGAUUAUAUUGGCUUUUUGUUUUAUUGUGGUUAGUCAUAGUAGAGGUAGAAUACUAAAUUUCUGCUUGUUGUUUAGUAUCACUAUUUACGUUGUAAUCUUAACCAAGGUGGAGAGUAGCCCUUUGUACAAGGAUAGGGAAAUGGCAAAUCUUCUUGUUCAUUUUUCAUAUAUAUGUGGAUGCCAUCAUCACUAAUUUUGUGACUUGCACUAUUCAACAUAAGAUCAUGGGAAAUGGCAAACCAAGAUGGGAAAAGUCCAGCUAUCAUGUAAGUGGACAGAUUAUAAUUUGCUCAGUGCUUUUUUUGUAAAGAAUAUCAGGACUCAAAUAAUGUUUGAAUUGGAAAAAUGUUUAAUCGUCCUUUCCCCCUCCCAGACAUAUCGUAAUGUUCUUUGUAAUAAGUAAAAUGAAAACGACUACUAUGAAGGACUGUUAAACUGUUGUGUAUUUUUUGCUGCCCUCAUUGAUUUGACUCCACUUCAUUGUAAGCUGAGUAAUUUUGCUAAUACUGUGAAAAUGUUUGUUGUGUAGCAGCUCUAAUUUAGAUUUUGUAGUUACAUUGUGGCUUCACGACCAAAUGCAUUGUUCUGGCUAAGCAUACAAUGUAUAGACAAACCACUAAAGAUACAGUAUGUUUGAUACAGAGGUCCUUCGGAAAUGUGUUUUGUCAUUUUUGUGUGAAAAUAAUCAUCACUUUACUGUUAUGUGUCAAAUCUAGAGAUAAUCAUGCACAGUGCAUGCACUCAUGCCACCAGUUGUGUUAAUGCAGAUGUUUGUUUUUUUUCUCAACAGGACACAAGUGAUCCUACAUAUUAUUUGUGAAUGUUAUCCAUCUGUAACAUUAUAUAAUAUUACCAUAUUUGUCUUCAUCUGUCACUAAUAAAAUGACAACAGAUAGUUGUGCUCUUUUUCUAAUGGCAAUUUUAUAAUUCAAUAGACAACAGGGUGGGUGUACAGCAUAGAUAUUGAUAUAUGGUCUGGGGUGGACAGUAUGAUCAAAGCUAGCUGCAACAUUCAUGGCAUGUAAAACCAGUAAGUCUUGCUAGAAUGCAAUACUUUAACUUGAGCCAAGGCCUGUCACUCAUUCAUUAAAUCAAUCCUUAUCAUAAAUCGUUUUUAAAACAUCUUGCAGGAAGAAUCUCAGCAGUUCCAUCUCUCAUAGUUAUCGCCAAGGAAUGUUAGUCAGGCAUUGGGUGUGCACACCUAAAUAUGCGGAAUAAAGGUCCUAGAACUGAGUGCCUACUGCGCAUGCGUUCUCAAAGUUUCUGUUGCAGAAGGCAAGCAGCAGAGAAGCAUCGGUGAGCUAACACAAUACUAUCGAUGUUCGAUCAUCACGCUAAAAUGAUGUUUUCGCAAAUGCCUUUCUCUUGAUUUCGCUGGGAGAAAGUAUUGUGCGUAUUAUGUGUUUUCAGCGUUUCCAUUUGCAAUAUGUUUACUUCAGUAACGUUAGUUAUCAGAUGCCGGUUAUGAUAGCUGGCGAACGUUAGCUAGUCAGCCUAGCUGAUCGCUAGCAGCACAAAGAAGAGUUCAAUGCUUUGUGGUUCUAUGAUUCGAGGUAUUUAACACUAGCUUGUUAGCAUUCAUCAUCGCUAACUACAUGGCUUGCUUCUUUAUUAACCGACUAACUUAGCUAGUUUCCUUCUCGUGUAACAGUAGCCUAAGUAACGUUACUGAUUCGAACUACAAUGCCAGUGUUAUACAGUAUGUUAUAAAAAAUAUAUACUUUUUGGCACGCUAAUAUUGUCAGUAGCUAAUUUACAUUUUAAGUGGUCUAUUGACUACAAUGCUGCUCAACGAUGACACCAGCUAGUUAGUAUUUAAGAAUUAUCUUUGUCCAUAACUAGUUAGAUUAAUGUCCUGGCAUUCUAGAUCAGAGAAGCCCUACCCUACCCAGGCCAGAGCCACGUUAAAUGACUGUUAUUGAUAUCAGACUGUCUGAGUAUAUUUAUUGUAACUAGUAGCUCCAUCAUUUUCAAGAACUGGUCAACUGGACACACUAACCAGCUACAGUGUAAGACCUAGCAUGCUUGAGUCAUUUGGACUUCUGGAGUCUGACACAUUUAGCUUUGUUCCAGAACUGAAACGGGUUCUGGGUUACAUCAAAGCACCAUUACAUACUUAACACAAAGCUGUUCUGCAUCUCUUAGUAUUGUAAAGUAUUUACAUUUUUGUAAUUUAGCAGACGCUCUUAUCUAGAGCAACUUAGUAGUGAGUGUCCUUGUUCCCAUCCUAGGGGACACUUCACAGAAGAUGAGAUCUGCAAACUAUCCAACCCCAGCAGAAUUAGAUGCCUUUGCUAAGAAAGUUGCCAACAAGCCUCUGACCAUAAAGAUCUUCCCCAACAGUGUCAAAGUACCUCAGAGGAAGCACAUCCGCCGCACGGUGAACGGGUUGGACACGUCCAGCUCCAGCCAGCGCCACAGCCCCUACCCGUCUCAGGUCAGCAGCACCAGAGCGGGCCUCCUGGCCGUCCUCCGCACUUCGACCAGCAAAGGCGUCCUCAAAGACACGGACGGCAGCCGAGCCCGUCUGCUUCCCAAAGCAGCCAUGAACCUCCACAUUGGGCCGUACGUCGCUCAGAGCACUUUAAACCUCCCCCAGCCUGUCCCCCACAUCCAGAGCAUGUCUCAAACCCAUCCCCAGGCAUUGGCCCAGAAACCGUGCCUCCCCCACCCACAUCCACAGCAUGCUCUACAGCAGCAGCAGCACAACAUGGCUCACUCCAUGACUUCACAGCCACAGAAUAUGCCUCAACCUCACCCUCAAACUUUACAGCAACAGAAUAUUGCCCACCCUCAAACUUUACAGCGGCAACAAAGCUUGUCCAAGUUGCAAACUGUACAGCAGCAACAGCAGAAUAUGGCGCAACCGCAGAAUAUCCAGCGGCAGCAGAGUUUGCCUCACACGCAGACUUUACAACAGCAGCAGCAGCUAAAUCAGUCUCGGCCACAAACCUUGCAGCAGCAGCAACAACAGCAGCAUCUUCCUCAUCCUCAGACGCUGCAGCACCAGACUCUUUCUCACCAACAAGCUUUACUACAGCAGGCUCAGGAUCAAGGUCUCCGGCACCUGCCUGAUGUAGCCCAGGCCCAGCAUCCACCUAGUCUGCAGCACCCCCAGAGCCUGCCCCUGUCACAACCUCUCCCCCAGGGCCUCCGACACCUGCCUGAUGUGGCCCAGGCCCAGCCACCCAGUCUGCAACAUUCCCAGGGCCUCCCCGCAUCUCAGACAUUCCCCCAGGCCUCCGGUGCCAGCCCUGGCCCUCCCUCUGCUUCCAAUGCCCUGCAGCCCCAGCCAGGCCCCCCCUACGGCCGCAGGAAGGUGCCAGAUGCCGACAUACAGAUAAACCAGUUCUGCCAGGCUCGGGCCGGAAUGGGCGCCACCUCGGUGUGCGAGGGCCAGAUCGCCAACCACAGCCCCAUCAGCCGUAACCACCUCAUCAAUGACAGCUCCAGGGUCAACACACCCCACAACCUGGGCCUCCUUCCCUCCUGCCUGCUGGGCCCCACAGAGAAGGCCCCUGGAGGGUCCCAAGGCCCUGCUGUUGGCCUACAGCCCAACAUGGCUGUCAUGAACAGGAUGCCACCUACUUUCCACACUGACAUGAAGCAGCAGUUACAGCAGCAGCAAUUACAACAGGUUCACCAGCAACAACAACAGCAUCAGUUACAGCAGCAACUCCAACAGCAUCAAUUCCAACAGCAGCACUCCUGGAACCAGCACCAGCUGGCUCACAUGCAGCACCUGCCUGAGGGAACCAACCCCUGCAAGAACCCCAGGAGAGAAGCCCCCUCUGGGCCUGGCCUCCUCUGGGCCCUUAAACACGCAUCAGACAAGACAUCCCCCAUGCCCUCCGUAACCGGCCUACCGGGUGGCACCAUGCCCAGCUACACCAACGGGCACUACUUGCAGGGUCCAUGGGGCAGCAUCCUACAAGCAGCCAAAAGUGACGGUCUAGGCCCUCAGGAUUUGCCAAUGGCCUUCCAGGGGGGUCCAUCAGGGGCCUCCAUAGACUGCAGCACACCAGGAUCCCAGUACCGACCAGGAGCCAGACCCGGGGUCCCAGGUCCGGGUCAGACCAAGUUGAUGCAGCAGAACGUGUCUGAUUACCUGGCUGGGGAGUUCCAGGCGUUCCAGCAGAACCCAGAAGCCAUGGGGAAGAUGCACAGGCCCCCCAUGGGUAGAGCUCCAGCCCAGGGCCCAGAGCUAGGCAACGGUAGAAAUAUCCACGCUCACCACCCAGGCUAUAGAUAG